AUGCCAAUCAUCAGAAUUGAAGCAGUUCCGUCUUCUGGCGAUGUGUGGUUGUCGUCAGUGCGUAAGGCCGCUUCGCCAUUUGAUGCAAACCUCGUUUUCGUUCAGGCUCCUAAUCCAGAACUCAGCUCAAGUGGUGUUCAAGUCCGAGUGAGUAUUCUUGAAGGUAACACUCGAAUUAGAUGCUCCGCUAAAUGCACGAUGAAGGACGGAUCAACACACGAAUGUGACGGUACGGUUAAUCUGCAUUCGGAGCCCUAUCGUUCUGAUGAAGACGUGUUCACGUCGGAUCAAAGAGCUGUGAAUUUACUCGGCUGGAAUAUGCGAGGACAUCCAGCUCAGUGGCGACACAAAGUACCAUACCUUACAUUUUAUUGCUGA